GUCCACGCGCUGCGCCGUGCUACUUCCUGAAAAAAAGAUAGAAAGAAAACAGCCUACUACUUCGUUACGACUGCUUUUUAUUUUAUUGUGAGCAACGACAGACGUUUCUGUCACCAAACUACCAUCAGCUAUUCGAUUUUGAAGAUUAUAAACGAGAAAUGUCAAAUUGGGACGGUGACUUCAGCAGUGCAAGCAAGCGCAGGUCCGAUUCAAACAGGUGGAAAGAGUGGGACAGUACUAGCGCGUGACGGCGGCUCGUGAAGGCAGUAUUAAAAACUUAUGGCGUUUUUGUUUGAAACAUCAGUAUUGAAAUAAUUCGGUCAAUUCGUUUUUGCUAAGCAUUCUCACGCCAGUAGGCUAUGACAUCAACAGGCUUGUGCCACAUCCCGUAUUAGAACGCUCGCGCCGGUCGUUUAAAAAGUGGGCCGUUAAAGUCUGUUACGCCGAGCUCCUUUUAUCCCUUCCUGGAGCCAGGACGGUUUGCGUAUUUUUUACGUUUACGGUAUCGACCCUCGGGGUUUUUCCCACUUAUACUGGUCCUCGAGCCGUUUACGCACAGGUGGGAGAUACCCGUUUGGUAGGACGGCCCCCUCUCUCACAGUUCCUCAGCGGAUGAUGUGAGCAAGUGACAUUUGCCGUUGAGGUUUGGGACAGUAAGCGAGGCGUCUCUGCAAACAGGUGUGCGACUGCCCGAAACAGGCACACAUAAUACGACUUUUUUUCGCCUUGUUUAGCGGAGGCGGACCUCCAGCACCGGUGUCGAAGCGAUCCAUCCUCGUAGCGGGACAGGGAGAGGAGGGGGAGUCUAUCGUUUUCAGGCGUUGUAGUUGCAUUUGGUCGUUCGAAUAGGGGCACGCGGCUCACAAAGAGGAAGGAAUGGCAACUAAGAAACCAUGCGCGGAUUUAACAAAAAGGAGCCGAAGUCCCGUCGUGCUGGAGGCAGAGAUGUUCAGCGAAUUUCAGGACUGGUGUCUCCGGACUUACGGAGACUCGGGUAAAACAAAGACCGUCACGCGCCGAAAAUACAACAAAAUCAUGCAGACCCUGCUACAGAACGAGGAGUCCGACGGUGUCUAUGUCGACAACAGCCACAUCAACGCCAAAUUCAAAUUCUGGGUGAAGUCCAAAGGCUUUCAGGUCGGCAGCAACAUCUUGGGCGAGCACAACAAGAAAGAGGCAUCGGGGAAGCCCGUCCUGUACGUUCCUGUCAAGUCUACGCAGUGUUCAGAUGGAGGAGCGGCCCAGGACAGCUCCUUGAAGCGGGUGGCUGUAGUGGAGGAUUUUUUUGAUAUCAUCUAUGCCAUGCACGUUGAGAUGGGGGCGGAUCCUAGUAGAGCACCCAAACACGCCGGCCAGAAAAAGACCUAUAAGGCGAUUGCAGAGACCUACGCAUUUCUUCCACGUGAGGCGGUUACUCGUUUCUUGAUGAGCUGUGGAGAAUGCCAGAAAAGGAUGCACAUCAACCCCAGCACAGCAGAGUUCAAAGAGAAUGACCGGCCCACUUCUCUUGUCCCAGACCUCAUCGACUACAACAUGCCUCUCACUGCCACCUAUCUAAAACAGAUGAAACUACAGUGCAUGAACACUAAUGAGCAGGAUGAGAGUUCGGUAAGCAGUGAGGAUUUGGACAUGGCUGAGCCCGCAUGGGUCUCUACUGAGCGUGCUCCAGCCGCAGAGCCUAGCAGCCCCACCGCCCCGUACACAGAGAGGAUGCCUACACCCCCACAGCCCUGCAUAAAAGAGGAAGAAGAUGAUUCUUCUUCAGAGAAUAGCAGCACAGUUAACGGUCUCCCAGCACUGACUCCGCCUGGUGGUGCUGCCAUGGCGACUGGAGGAGUUCCUGCAUCUGAGGGGGUGGUUCCAUACGGUGAGGUGAACGGUAAUGGUGCCGCAGCGCCGCUGGACUUCAGCACUACUUCGUCGUCCUCUUCCUCACAGGAGGGACAGCAGCCUGUCAACCUGAGUGACCGACUGUUACCCGGAGUAACGCUUGGAUCCUACUCAUCUGACCCUAACAGAAAAUUCCCUGUGAAAACUGAGUACAAUAACAAGUCUCCUCAGUACAGCUCAGGAAGCUAUGACUCUUUGAAGACAGAACUGAGUACGUGCGGGGAAGACAUGACCCCGGGUCGCUCUCAGGUCAUUGACGAUGAUGAUGAUGAUCACGAUGACCAUGACGACAGUGACAAGAUUAAUGACGCUGAGGGUCUGGACCCCGAACGACUUAAAGCUUUUAACAUGUUUGUGCGGUUGUUUGUGGAUGAGAAUUUGGACCGGAUGGUUCCAAUCUCAAAGCAGCCCAAAGAGAAAAUCCAGGCCAUCAUUGAGUCCUGCAGCCGCCAGUUCCCAGAGUUCCAAGAACGUUCUCGCAAACGGAUCCGAACCUACCUCAAAUCCUGUCGCCGCAUGAAGAAGGGUGGCUUCGAGACACGGCCCACCCCCCCUCACCUCACCUCCGCCAUGGCUGAGAACAUCCUUGCAGCAGCAUGUGAGAGUGAAACACGUAAUGCUGCUAAGAGGAUGCGCCUUGACAUCUAUCAGGCCCAUGAGGAGUCGGUUACAGCUGACAAGCCAAACUCCAGAGAUCCGGCUGCCCUGGCUAACUCAGGCUUCUCACUGGCCGCCUCGGCCUACUCCCAGGACCAACUCUACACCAAUGGUGGACUUAAUUACAGUUUCCGUGGAUACGGGACCCUUGGCAACAACAUCCAAAACAAUGGCACAUCACAAACCAAUGGGCCUACUGAUCUCAGCAUGAAAUCUUUGGCAUCCAACAGCACUUCCUCCUCCAGUUCAAACAGUCAUGGUCAGGGUGGAGGGGGUGGAGGGGCAUCUGCCCAGCUCAGCCCGCCCGAGGUCACGGCUGUUCGGCAACUGAUUGCAGGUUAUCGCGAGUCUGCGGCCUUCUUGCUCCGCUCUGCUGAUGAGCUCGAGAACCUCAUUCUGCAACAGAACUGAGAACUGCACACAGGCUGGUGCUGCCCGUCUUUCUCUCAUAAACACACACACACACACACACACACACACAUAAAUGCACACUAUGACAGGAAAGAUACAUGUAGCUAUGUGCACUUACAUACAUAUACACCUAAAGUCCAUAGGCGGAGUUUCACUUCGCUUGGGGGGAAGAAAAUGGAGGGGAUAGAAGAAGCUGUAUCUGAAGCACACAUACAAGGGUCUACAAUUGAUAACACUUACCAGCCAUCAUUUUCUCAGGUUCACUUGCCAUGAACCUGUAUUUUGCAUGGUUUUUAUUUAUUUUUGCAUUAAAAUGUUCUAUUUAAAUUUACAUGUAAUUAUAGAAUUUCCAUAUCAAAUUCUACCUCUCUUAAAAACUAUUUUGGUGGCUUAAUAGAAUGAAUAGUUACAGAAGGAAAAGAAACCUGAAGUUUAAAAGAUAAAUCUACAUAAAUCCAUGUAUUAUGUAUCUGUUCCAAAUAAAGUUAACAACAAGGUGCUUUACACAGACUUGUUAAUGCACAUUAUGGACUAAAUGUACUCAAACAGGAAUUGCAGUCAUUAGCAGUAAUAUUUAAUGCACUUGAAGUAGAUUGUUGAUUCUUGUGCUCAGCAAAACAAUUUAUGACUAUGAUUUAGAUAAUAAAAAGGUAAUUUAUCAUAAUAUAUUUAGAUUUAAACACGCAAAGAUAAAAACAGUAAAAACAGACACUCGAUUCCCCCUGGCACCCCCCCAAACUCCGCCUAUGCUCUUCCUGUAAACCUACCUAUCACACAUUGCUCAUGACAGCUUUAUGUCCAUUAUAGUGUCUUUAUCAAAUGUCCUUACCUUUGAGUCCAUCAGGGCUUAAUCCUUUUCGGAGAGCUGAGAUGACUUGUUAAACAUUGUUUUAUGAUGAGAUGAUCAGAGAACACUCACAACAGCAUUACAAUCGUCUUGCACAGAGCACAACACAGAGAGAUCUAUCAGUCCACCACAGAGAGUCCAGACCUUGCAUCAUUUGAAACACAAAAGCAGUACAUUUAGGAGUGAUGCCCAAAACAAACACAAAAUGAUGUCAACUCCAGCAUAAAGUUUACUUACACUGGCACAAAAUAUUGCUAUCAGAUUAGAUUCCUGUUUGUCAUUGUUCUUUUUGUUACCAUAGACAUAUCCAUGCAGCAGCUUUGCUCCAGAUUUAGCCAUUUUAGAUAUAGAACAGAUUGAAGAGAAAAGGGUUUUUGUAAAAAUCUCUUUUAUCUGUUCAAUGCUAAUGAGGUUUGGGGAAAAGGUGCAAUGUCGAUGAUAAUCGUUAUAGUGUGUCUGUGUUUGAAAAUGCAUCAUUUUCAAUCAUAAACACUUUAACAGAUGUCCUUUGUACAUAUAUAUAUAUAUAAGAAUUUUCAUUCCAGCUUACACAUGCACACAUAAAAGUCUACUAAAAGAAACCGUGAUUGGUGAGCGCAAAAUAGAAGAUGCUGAAAUUCUAUUGGCUGGGAAUGUUGGACUUUAUGCAAAUGAAGCUGUGAUGAGUGGAACGCUUCAAACCCUUUCCUACAUGCUCGAUUGCCUUGGCAAACCUCCAUCCUCAACGCAUCAAUGCACUGUAGGAAUAUUUCUCACAGGAACAAGUGGGUGACAUCAACCUUCCAGACAGGAGGGCUGAUGGACUAAAAAAAAUAAAAUAAGGGGGAAAAGGGACAAGGAUUGCAUUUCCCAUGCUGCAUUGCAUUGCAAACACAUUCUGUUGAGUUGUGAAUGCUGCUCUUUUUUUCUAACCUCAUGACUGAGACACUUUCAUUUUCACUGGGACCAAUCAAUUGGACUUAACAUCCUAUUGGCACACAUACUGUAUAUGCACAGUGAGUUUGAGAGAAAGGACCUAAUAUCAGCGGAGGGAAAACGAAGAUGACAUCAUUUCCUUUCUGUCAACAACACCCAGGGGCUUGAGAGGCAGUGAUUGGUGGGCAUCAUCCACAUGAACCAUGUGGUACGUAGAACAUUGAUGAUGCAAUUCCGCUCUGACACCAGCCACACUCUUCCUCCUGCCUGCAUUUUCUCAUGUUCACAAAUGCCAUCGUUAAAAAAAACUGUAUUAAAAAAAAGCAAAAGACAAUCCUGAACUAUUGUGACUUGAUCCCUCGUAAAACAGCAUAGCGGUGUGUGAGAUCUCACUCUGACUCUCUAGCCUUUAGUAGAGUGGUGACAAUACAGGGCCUUCAAGUCUUGUAGCCAUAGCUUGAACCAUGUCCUCACUCUGCAACCCGAUGUGGAACAGAGCAUUUUCCUCUAUUUAGCUGCAAACACACAUUUUUAAUUAUCUAUUUUUGCCGUCUUGCCAUUCCAUUUGUGCUUCAUUUGUUGUUUUGUAUUACUUUUUUAUUCCACGUGUUAAAUAUCUUUUUGUUACUUUACAAAAAACAAGAAAACAACAAAAAAAAAAAAACAACUCUGGUUGUGCGACAUUGACAGUCUGAAGGGAAUCAGUGUUGUGAGUCUCAACAUUCCAAAUGUAAAACACACAUCUCAAACGGGUCUCUAAGGGACUGAAUAUGACACACAUUUUUAAGAGAAAAAAUUAUCUAAGUUGUCUUCAACAACUUAGUUUUGAUACGUGGCUGGAAGCUUGUUUAUUACCUCUAACUUGUUACUCACUGAACUAGAUUCCUUGAUGAAAGGAUAAAGCGAUAGGAACAUUCAUUAAUUUAUAUUCAGAUGUUACACUUAUCAAAUUGGUUAACAUAGUAGCACUUUACAAUCCGCAAAGGAAAAUUUACACACAAGAAGGGGUCGAAUGUUUAUGGGAUGGAGCCUUAAAACCACCUAAAUGAUCCUAAAUUAUGAAAUGCAGUUGAUCAUUCUCAAGCCAUAAUGUUCUGUAUUUUUUUUUAUUUUUUUUUACUCUGCAUUGUAAUUAUUUGUUCCCUUUACUCCAUGCAGGAAAAUGUGAGCCAGUCCAGCACUGGGCUUUGAGUUGAAAGACGAGAAAUGCUUUUGGGCUUAUUCUAAUUAUAUGGUGACCGCAUCAAAUUAUUGUAUUGUAAUACAAAAGUUGUAUCAGGUUAUUGAUCUUUGUUUGCCCUAUUAUUAAUUUUUUUGUUCCUUGUUUUGUACCUUUUUGUUCAUAUAAUACAAGUGCAAGAUGUUUUUGAAAGCUCUCUGAGGUUGGUGAACACAAGACACAUGUAAAGAAAAGGAUAGGCAUGAAAAGAAAAGAGAAGCUACAAGUUUUUAUUUUUUUAAACCGUGCAGCUAAAAUCAAAUCAAAUGUGGUAACAACCAUUGCCUGUGAUAUAUUUUAAUUUCGUGGUGCUUUGUAACAUUAUUAUGAUUAUGGUAUUUGAUUUGUUUUUACUCUUGUUCUUACUAGAAACUGUAUGCUGAAGCUCAGUUUCUCUUUGUACCAAUGUGAAGCUUUGUAUGAUUUCUUUCUGGUUUUUUGACUCAGUGGAAGUGUGUGAUGUUUACAUGUACAGAAUUCAAGAUUUUUUUUUUCUGUUGUUGCUUUUAUUUUCGUUGUUGUUGGUUUUGUUUGUCCUAGUAAAACCCCACCUCUUGUCCUGUCGUGACCCCAAAACGUGCUUUUUAUUUUCAAUCAAAUCAGAAUAGAGGGGAACAUUGAAGGACAUGCUGACCUUAAACCACAGUAAAGGCCUUUGCACACUUUUGUGCUAAAAUCUCUAUAUUUAUUUUCCCAUAAGUUAUUGCUAUCCAUGCAAAUGUUUUUUUUAAUUAUUAUUAUUAGAAAAUGAAGAACAUAACAGUGUGAAUAUUAAGUUAUUAGCUAUGCUUUUGUUUCUACCUUUGUCAAACAUCCAGUGCAAAAUGUCUUCUGUGUAAGGGCCUUUAGACGUGGUUGUCACUACUGAUGUAGAGGACGAGAGAGAGGAGGGACUUAUCAUCAGCUCAAAGGGCACCACUAACUUUCUUCUCCAUGACUGAGGGAGUAAAAUGGCCCCUUAAAGUAGUCCCCUUAGUGACAAAAAGCAAAAGAUAAAAAACUUGAUGUCAUGUCAUUUUUUAAAUGUUUUUAUUGGGAACAUAGAAUAGGGGCGUCACGUUUGGGACGGGGUAGAUCCACCCAACUCAUAAAGCAACUGACCCGUGCUCUUUGACCUCAGUCAGAAGCCUCUCAGUGAGUCGGAAAGCCAUUCCCCUUACAUCGUUCUUAUGUGCGGGGAACAUGCAAACCUCAGGAACCCUUUGGAUCUGUGUUUCUUUUUAAACCAGGUCUGUACGUCUUGGCUGACGAGUCCUCCCUCUCUCCAAUAUCAACCCAAUUAUAUUGGAUUUGCUAUGUAUGUGUUUAGUUUGUUUUUUAUAUAUUUAUUGUGAUUUAAAAGUGAAUCCAGUACAUGUGGCUGAAUAUUUGAAUUCUUUAGAAAAGUGUUGAUAAACAUAAAUAUAUAUAUAUAUACAUGUGAAGCGCCUAAAAGAUGGAGAAUAUGGCAGGUAAAAUUAAUUUCUGUUUGUUUAAUGUAAAAAAAAAAAAAAAAAAAUGAAAAAAAAUUGAAACGCACAGGUGGGUGAUUUUCCUGCCUUUUACAUAUCACUUUGCCGAGAGACUCAUUCUAAGACAUUUAAAAUUUUCGAUGUGGUGUCAUCGCUGUGGUCAGAGAAAGCACCUGCAGUGCAACCUGAGUUGCUCUUUCCUCCAGAGCUGUCUGAAUAAAAUCUGUGAACUGAAGUCA